UGACACUCCCACCCCUUCCCCACUCCAGGCAGCUAGCUUCACCCAAACUCUGACCUCUUUUUCCCCUUUAUUUAAUUCUAGCACAAGGCAGCCAAACACGGCAAAGGCAGGGCAGCAUGAACGGACCACCUCUCCAUCCCAUCUCACUCCUGUCCAUGGGCUCCCAGAAUGCCCUGGCUCCCCUGCCACCUUUGCUGCCUGCUCCCCAGAACCCCUCCUCCCACUCUUGGGCCUUUCGAUGGCGACCUCCCACCUGGGGCCUCAGCUGUCUUCUGGCUCUGCAGCAUUUCCUGGUCCUGGCUUCUUUGCUCAGUGCCUCCCACCUGCUUCUGCUUCACAGUCUGUCCCCAGGAGGGCUCUCUUACUCACCUGCUCAGCUCCUGGCCUCCAGCUUCUUUUCCUGUGGUAUAUCUACCAUCCUGCAAACUUGCAUAGGCAGCAGGCUGCCUCUUGUCCAGGCUCCAUCCUUUGAGUUCCUUAUUCCUGCUCUGGUACUGACCACUCAGAAGUUUCCUCUGGCUGUACACACCCCUGGGAACACCUCCCUCUCACUACACCUGUGCAGGUUGCCCGGCUGCCCUGGCCUGGAGCUCUGGAACACAUCUCUCCGAGAGGUGUCCGGGGCAGUGGUGGUAUCCGGGCUGCUGCAGAGCACACUAGGGCUGCUGGGGGCCCCUGGCCGUGUGUUCCCUUUCUGUGGACCCCUGGUGCUGGCACCUAGCCUGGUUGUGGCAGGGCUGUCUGUCCACAGGGAGGUGGCACAGUUCUGCUCUGCUCACUGGGGCCUGGCCUUGCUGCUUAUCCUGCUCAUGGUGGUCUGUUCUCAGCACCUGGGUUCCUGCCAGGUGCCUCUGUGGCCCUGGAGGCCAACUUCAGCCUCUUCAACUCACAUCCACGUUCCUGCCUUCCGGCUCCUCUCGGUACUGCUCCCUGUGGCCUGUGUGUGGAUUGUCUCUGCCUUUCUGGAUCUCAGCACUCCCCCGCUGAAGCUUUCCGCCUCCACCAAAGCACCAUGGUUUUGGCUACCUCACCCGGGUGAGUGGGACUGGCCCUUGUUGACACCCAGGGCUUUGGCUGCAGGCAUCUCCAUGGCUUUAGCAGCUUCCACCAGCUCCCUGGGCUGUUAUGCCCUGUGUGGCCAGCUGCUGCAGUUACCUCCUCCACCUCCACAUGCCUGCAGUCGAGGGCUGAGCCUGGAGGGCCUGGGCAGUAUGCUGGCUGGGCUUCUGGGAUGUCCCAUGGGCAUUGCAUCCAGCUUCUCUAAUGUGGGCACAGUGAGUCUUUUCCAGGCUGGAUCUCGGCGAGUGGCCUACAUAGUGGGGUUGCUCUGCGUGGGACUUGGGCUCUCCCCAGGGCUGGCUCAGCUCCUCACCACCAUCCCAUUGCCUGUUCUUGGUGGUGUGCUGGGCGUGACCCAGGCUGUAGUUCUGUCUGCUGGAUUCUCCCGCUUCCACCUGGCUGACAUUGACUCUGGACGGAAUGUCUUCAUUGUGGGCUUUUCCAUCUUCAUGGCUCUACUGCUGCCAAGAUGGCUCCGGGAAGCGCCGGUCCCACUCAACACAGGCUGGAGUCCCUUGGAUGUGUUAUUACGCUCCCUGCUGGCAGAGCCAAUCUUCCUAGCAGGACUCUUGGGAUUCCUUUUAGAGAACACUAUUUCUGGCACACGGCUUGAGCGAGGUUUAAGUCAAGGGCUGCCAACUUCUUUCACUGCCCAACAGGCUAGAAUGCCUCAGAAGUACAGGGAGAAGGCUGCUCAAGAGUAUGGGCUUCCUUUCACCAUCCAAAACCUAUGUUCCUGCAUCCCCUCAUUCCUCCGAUGCCUCUGCCCAGUGACUGAAGACCUUGGGGAUGAGGAAGGAGGUAACGCGGAACCAGGAGAGGGAGCAGACUUGUUGCCUGGCUUUGAGGAGCCACCCCCUGCAUCCAACAGAGAACGGCUUAGAGUCCAGUAAUUACUUGGGCUACCAUUCCUGCCCUCAUUGAUUUUACCCUUAACUCCCAGCUUGAGAGUAAGCUUCCAGGUUCUAUUUCCUGCUUAGGUGUGGAGCUAGUGUGAUUGUGUGUACAUGGACUACGGACCCAUCUAGGGGUCUCAUUUCCCAAAAGGAUGGGUUGCCUUUUCUUAAUUAGAUCUAACCACUGGAAAGCAAGGGCCAUGAAUGAUUGAAUGAAAUUUUUGCCUAUGAACACUAUCAAUACCACUUGAACCCUCGCAUUCAUUUAAAUAUUUAUUGAGUGCCCUCUCUAUUCAAGGUCCUGCAUCCACAGAUGUGGAUAUGAUAGGGUCCCUGCCAUCUCCAGGCGUUUAGGAUCUAAAAAGACGUUUGUGAUGUAUGUAACCAAAAUGUGAAGCAGAAGGCAAUUUGUAAUAAAGAUGGAAAUCAUGUUGUGGGAGCAAA